AUGAUUCCACCGGAAGAAUCGGCCGGAUUUCACGCACAAGAUCCGGUGUGGAAUGGGGACCUGGACGCUUGCGCCUUGACUUGUCGUGAUAAAGCAAUCCUCCGUGAGUUCUGGACAAAGCUGGACAAUGACCAAAUGCAAUUUUGCGGUCGAUGCCAAGAGCGUUGGUUCCAGAUGAAGAUCGGUUCCGAUGGCAUUUGUGCGCGUUGCUAUCGAAAGGAUGAUAAACGCGGCCCUGAAGAGCCGUACUUCUUCUCUGUGGACAACCAGUUGGAUUUUGGCUCCGUACCGACUCAAUUGCCUCAGCUUACACCUACUGAAGAGUCUUUAAUAGGCCGUGUUCACGUCCACGUGAAUAUUAUGCUUGUGCGGGGCCAGCAGUACAAAUAUCGGGGACAUGUUGUUCACUUUCUCCGCGAGGUUGGCUUGGUGUACAACCAACUCCCGCUUUUGCCGCGGGAGUUGAACACUGUAUUACUCCGUCCUUCCAAUACGUCGUCCCAUGCAAACCUUAGCCGGCAAUUCACCCGCCAGUUCCGUGUACGCCGCCAGCCAGUUGCCAUAUGGCUUAACUACCUCCGGCGCCAUCAUCCUGGCUAUCGAUGCAUCGUCAUCGACGAAGAGCGGCUGAAUGGCAAUGUCCUGGACGACAUCCCCCAGAGCCAGGUGGAGGCUGCCGAAGUUGGACCCGAGGAAGAUGAGGAGGCAGAACCGGACCUGGAGGACGAGGCUGCGGUGCCGGACCUUUUGGCCAAGGACACGGAGCUCGAUGCUCUCAGGCAGACUUCUCAACAAGCAGUACUGAUUGAUAAGGCCGGUACUGAUACUGAUUGA